AGCCCAGGCAGAAAUAUGAACCACAGCUUCAGCGCCAACAGGAAAACCAUGGUGCCAGCCUCCAGCCUUUGGGAGCAAACAUGCGCCUCCUUCUGCAGGGGUCUCCGCAGCGCCCUCUGCUCCUCGCCUGCUCACACCGCUGACCCCAGGCCCCAGCUCCUGCCAGGCUCCGGGAGAAUGGCCGCUCAGCGCGUGCUGUGGGUGGGCCUGCUGGGGGCUCUGAUGGCCCUGCAGACCCAGGCCCAGUCCCCCAACCUCGGGCGCCAGGCCUCCGUGCAGCCCAGCUUCCAACAGGACAAGUUCCUGGGGCGCUGGUUCGGCGUGGGCCUCGCCUCCAACUCGACCUGGUUCCGGGAGAAGAAGGCGGUGUUGUCCGUAUGCAAGUUCGUGGCGGCCCCGAACGCCGACGGCGGCCUCAACCUCACCUCCACCUUCCUCAGGAACAACCAGUGUGAGACCAGGUCGUUGCUCCUGCAGCCGUCGGGGACCCCGGGCCGCUACAGCUACACCAGCCCCCACAGGGGCACUGUCCAUGACGUGGUGGUGGUGGAGACCGACUACAGCCGCUUCGCCCUGCUGCUGACUGUCCACACCAAGGGCCCGGACCACGACCUCCUGGCCUCGCUCUACAGCCGGACCCAGGACCCCAGUGCCGAGGUGAGAGAGAAGUUCUCCAGGUUUGCCAAGGCUCAGGGCCUCACAGAGGACACCAUUGUCUUCCCGCCCCGAGCUGAUAAGUGCAUGGAGGAGUCCAAAUAGCAGGGCCCGGGGCUCCCAGAAGUGGGGUUUGAGGACCCCUGGGCCUGCCUGUGGGGCAGGGAGGGGGCAGAAUGUUGCCGCCCCCCCAGACCAGUCCUGCUGUCAGCCAGAUGACCCCACCUCAGGACCGCCACAUCCUGUCCUGCCCAGCGCUUUGCUCCAGGACCCCCGAGACCCCCGCCUCAGGCUCGCCCUGCCACCGCCAACUCCCCGAGCUCUUUUCCUGACUCUGAGAAGUAAACUGCGGAAGCAAGUCA